CAUCUCGUUAUUUGCCGCCGCCGGCUGUUGGCUACUUGGCCAUGACGUAUAUUCUGCUCCGAAGGUAUAUUAUUCAAGACUUCUCAUCUCGUUAUUUGCCGCUGCCGGCUGUUGGCUACUUGUUCAUGACAUAUAUUCUGCUCCAAAGUCUCCCCCAACACAUCCAGCAUGGACUCCCCCGUCAAUACUUGGAACUUUACAACCAUGCCACGCCAACUUAUAGUCGACGAAGUGGAUCGCUCCUUUGUCGGGCUACCUAGCAAUCUCCCCUACGCUACUAAUAUGACGUCUCCGAGCUCAACAACACCUAUCCUGUCAAAUUCAAAUUCCCAGUUCCCUGUAUUCCGAGGCCCCAGCCCCAGCCCCAGCCACUCUAGUUCCCUUACAAUGGGAACCAAUUACUCUGGGCCCGCUUCGUGUAUUUGUGGAUCCCCGCUACAUAUCGACUUCCUUCAUUUUGCCAUCCCCCACCCAAACGUAGACCCGAGCCAUUCAUUCCCGCUGAUGAUACCUCCACCUUCAGCUACGGAGUCUUCGCAAUUGAUAUUCACGUCGCAUGCCACCAACCAGCCGUACCUAAUCCCGCUACAGAGCCAUCCCUCAUCUCCCCUCCAUCUGUCCUGUCGAUGGGUAAAUGAUGACAUACUCUGCGAAUUCACAGGGACACUGGAGGAGUUGAGAGCACACUGUCAAAGCGAUCAUUUUUCUGGACAAAAAGAUGCGAAGAUAGGAUGCCAGUGGGAUGGCUGCAACUACCGCAAGCGCGGUAACCGAACAGUUCAUGUCAUGCGACGUGAUUGCAUGUGGCGCCACACCCGUGAGGCCCACCUGAGGUUGAAGAGGGGUACCUAGGCUUGCAUACCUGCUUUGCAUAUUCAUUUUGGUCUUAUUUUCGCAUUCCUUACGGUACACCCCCGCUAGCCGUGCCAUGCUUUCUUGUGCUGUGUUAGAUCUGCUAUGGUCACUCGCUCUUUGCUUUGUUCAUCAUUCGCCAUGGAUUCACUAAGUCUCACGUUUCAUAGCUUUUAAACGGUCCCUUACUAUAUUUUCUGGUCUACCUUAUAAUCAGGAGCAGUCGCUCGUUGUCUCAAUUCUUUGAUAUUAUGUCUGUCUGUCCGUGCUACCUGCUGGGCUUCCAUGUGGUCUGCAUUUAGCAGUAUUUCGUCCGCAUUUGAAAA